AAUUUCGAUUUCUGAGUUUGGCAGCAGUGUCGCUUGAAGCUUGGUGCACGUGGAGUGGAUGUUAGAAGUGUCGUGAGAGUGGUGCUUCGAUAAAAAUAUUUAGUUUUGUAUAAUUUACACUGGGUUCAUAUUCGAACCCAAACCUUCCCCUCCGCCCUGAUCCCCGGCUUCUUUCAGAAUGGACCAAAACCUAAUGUUAAAUGAUGACUCGAAAGUCACAAUUACAAUUAGACUGAUAAUGCAAGGAAAGGAAGUUGGCAGCAUAAUAGGAAAAAAAGGAGAAAUUGUGAAGAGGUUCAGAGAAGAGAGCGGUGCCAAAAUAAACAUAUCCGAUGGUUCGUGUCCCGAAAGAAUCGUCACAGUCAUAGGAGUAACGAGUUCCAUUUUCAAGGCGUUCACGUUAAUUUGUAAAAAAUUCGAAGAGUUCCAGGAAAUAAACAGCGCCAACAGCGGCGUGCCCCGGCCGCCGAUCACGCUGCGACUCGUGGUUCCCGCAAGCCAGUGUGGUUCGCUGAUCGGCAAAGGCGGCUCCAAGAUCAAGGAGAUCAGAGAGGUGACAGGCGCCUCGAUACAGGUCGCUUCGGAGAUGCUGCCCAAUUCGACGGAGAGGGCUGUCACAAUCAGCGGUACCGGGGAGGCGAUCACGCAGUGUAUUUAUCACAUAUGUAACGUUAUGCUCGAGUCCCCUCCCAAAGGAGCAACCAUCCCCUACCGCCCCAAACCCCAAGUAGGUGGCCCCGUGAUCCUGGCCGGCGGACAGGCCUAUACCAUCCAAGGCAACUACGCCGUUCCUGCCCACUCAGACGUAAGUAGUUCAGUAAUGACCCCCCUUUUUGCCCCCCACCCCUUGUCCCUCGGUCAUCACCCGUUGGCCGCGAUGGCCGCUCCCGCCCCCGCAGCCGCCGCCCCGGCACAAUUCGUGUCGUUCGAGCCACUCAAGAACGGACACUUGCAGGCCGCCCUACCGCCCGCGCAUCUGUUGCCUUCAGAUGUAGCGAACUUAGGUAAAAAUCCUCUCGCUGGUCUGGCUGCUUUAGGUUUGGGAGGGCUUGCACCAACGGGGGCAGGUGGGUUGAAUCCAGCUGCACUAGCUGCAUUGGCAGGCUCUCAACUGAGAACAUCAACAAAUUCGAGGACCCAGCAAAACUCCAACCAACAGACUCACGAAAUGACUGUUCCCAAUGAGUUGAUCGGCUGUAUUAUCGGUAAAGGUGGUACGAAAAUCGCUGAAAUUCGGCAAAUAUCUGGAGCGAUGAUUCGCAUAUCCAACACCGAUGACCGCGAGAGCGGAUCCUCUGAUCGUACCAUCACCAUAUCUGGCAAUCCAGAUGCAGUGGCCUUGGCGCAGUAUCUGAUCAACAUGAGUGUUGAGCUGCAGAAAGCUAACCUUGAGGCCCAAAACUCCCCUAAUGCUGGCGGCUCCUCGGGCCAGUCCUCCACCACCACCUCAACCGCCGCCGCCUCUCCCUUGGCUAGCGCCAUCCCUAUUGCCCAACUACUGGCAAAGCCAGGCGCCCUCAACGCUCUGACCAGCCUCAGUGCGCUGGGGGGCCUCACCGAACUACUCGGUGGCCAAGGCCCUCCCUCAAUCCAGACCACCGGAGUCCACCGUCCCCACAAGAGUUACACACCCCGCCUCCGCUCGCCCGGGGGCAGCGGGGUCACUUCCGAGGGUUCCAAAGCGAAGAGCGAAAGGAACAAGUUCAACCCCUACUAGGCGCGCGAGGGGUAGCUUGAUGGUUUGUUCACUUGGAGGUAUAGAAUUAGGUUAGGUUAGGGCGCAUUCAUUGACUUUAUACUGGCAACGACUGCUUGGCUGUAAGUAUUCAAAAAUAGGAAAUGUUAGGGAGGCGUAAGGAUUUCUCGAGACAUUUCCUCGCUUGAUAAUAUGAGAUAGUGUUAUAUUCUGAUCGAAGUCUCCCAUUGUUGUUUCGUAGAAUUCAAAUUCAGUAUAGAUCAAGGGAUGUCUCGAAAACUUCAUUGAACAUUGAUAUAACUUUUGGUUAGGAUUCAGAAUGUAUGAAGUCAAUGAUUUUUAUGUAAUCCGAUUUUGAAAUAAAUGUUUCUUUUAUCUUUAUACAAUAUACAUGCACUUUUUAUUUUUAUCACUGAAGCUGCAGUGCUAGAAUAUAUGUUAUUUUCGUAUAGAAACACAUCUACUCUUUCGAUCAAUGAACAUCCAAUGAACUGAUUCUCGUUAUUCAAUACAGAUAUUGGUUUAUUUCCAUCUAAAAUAUCGACUUUGAGGGUAAAAUAAAAACAAAGUUAUACUUUGGUUUUUUUCUGGCUGUAGUCUGCAGGAUUUUAUGCCUGACGUUUCGUCUACCACUACGGUAGACAAUAUCAAAGGCGAUGUAACGAUCGCAGUGCCCUAGUUGUUUCCGUCGUUCCAGCCGCAUUACCUACUACUACCUGACCUUGCAUGUUUACAAUCAAGGGGACAGGUAGCUAGAUUUCAUUGAUGUUCAUUGCUUCUUCUUUUCUAUUGAAAUUAUCCCUGUUUUAUUGAAUUUCUAUUGCUUCUCUAUAUAAACAAUAAUACGCUAUAUACUUGUACACUAUAUAAUCCGAAAGUAUAUAGAUAGGCAAUAGAGGUUCAAGAAGAGGCAAUGAACAUCAAUAAAAUCUGGCUACCUGUACUUAUAGGUACACAAACAAGGUCAGGUAAUCCAAUUUGAAGAAACGAAGCCACGAAUAUAAAAUCAGAGUCAAAUACGAUCAUCGUAGUUGAUGGGGUCAAAACAUGAACUGAUCAUGUCGGCCGCAGUAAUAGAGGAAACGUCAUGCAUAAAAACACGCAGACAUUCCAAGAUUAUACUUUAUCCCCAACAGUUGGAAGAAAAUGUUGAUUUAUAAAUGUUUAUUGAUCAGAUGUUCUUGUGUUGUUUGCCAUACUGGCUCAAUGAAUUUUUUUUCUUUAAUUUUUUGCCAAAGCGAUCCUUAUAUUUUCGAAUCUUCAUACUCUGUAUAGUUGGUUGAAACUUUUAUUUAUCUAAAACUCAUUAUUUUUUUUAAUUUUACGUUGUUGAAAGAUGUUUUUCGAAUAAAUAGAUAUAAGGUUAAACAGGGUAUAAAUAUUGCUUUUUUGAAUAUAGAAUAUUUUUUUCAAUUCAACUCCUGCAUAAUGGGUUACUUUUUUCCCUUAUUGGGAACAUCCAUUUGGGACCGUCAAUAUAUCUAUGAAUUUAAUUUUUUACAAAAAAACGAUACUGAUUUUCAAUAGAUUUUUUUCUAUUCGUGAAUGAUGAUGGGAGUCGUGAUGAUGAGAAAAAUAACUUCAGUUUAAAAGAGGUGUCUGAAUUUAGCCAAUUAUACAGUUUAAUGUAAGGAAAAGUAUAGUUUUGUUUAUAUUACAUUACACCUAUUAUUUGAUGAUUACUGUUGUGUUAUCAAAAAGAUAUCGAUAAUGGUGACACAAUAAUAAUGAUUAGGCUAGUUUUUUACAUCAGAUUUGAGGUAAGAAGCAGUAGUUGGCUUAUUGUUGACACAUCAAUGUUGAGCUUUGCGAUAUUUUUAUUGCACACAUCAAUGUUUCAGCUUUCCACUUCGAAGUGGACAGCUGAAUCCAAGUUCAUGUUCUCAUAUGAUUUUUUUUUAAAUCAACAACAACCAUACUAAAUUUAUAAUUGAUUCAGCUACGUUCUGGAUUUGUAGAAACUAGGUGGUAAUCUCCACUGUCAUUUUUUUCGCAGUCGAAUAUGAAAUUUUUUUGUUUUAAAUUAAAAAAAAAACAACAAAAUUUGGAGCCUUCCACUUCCAUCUAUUGAUAUGUGCAGUGAUACUAUCGUAACCUCAUUUUUUUCUAGAAAGCUAACUUGUGUUAAGAUUCAUUCAUAUAUCAUGUUUAUCCUGUUGAUAUACGAAAUGUUUCUAAGAGUCCCAUCAUUAAAAUUCGUGGCAAAAAACCAUUGUUUUCACCUUUCUCUUCAUAUACAAUUAUUUACCUUUGCUGACUCCAAGAGACAUUUUGUAUUGUGGGGUAUGACUUUUAUAUUAGUGUUCUACUUGAAAUAAUGUAUAACUCAAUACAAUUUAUAUAUGUAA